CCAUCAACAACCUUGCUGUACAGCUUGAUAGUGUCGUGGCACAUACCAUGUCGUCACCUUUUAUCAAACGAGCCAAAGCUCGGACGAACCUGCGUCAGCGGGACGAUGCCGCGCCAGGUUCACCUCUAGCCAGGACGACGGACGAUGCCGGGGAUGAAGACGAGGAGACGAGCGUCAGCCCGAUGCAGAUGGCCAAAAACAGGAAGAAGGAUAAAGAGAAGAGAAAGGUGGGGUCGACAGGAAAGACUCGGCUGAGUUUCGGAGGAGAGGAUGAGGAGGCUUCGGAAGAUCAGCCUUUUGUAGCCCGGAAAUCAAAGCUUUCACAAUCGAUAUCAUUACAGAAGUCGGCAGCCGUUUCAUCGGCUGCAGCUACGGCUAGCAAUGAUGGCACGGGUGAUUACCACAAUCCGUUCGCUUCUUCAUCUUCGACCCCCGUAGCUUCCUCUUCGGUCUCAUACAAUAACGCCUACCUCGAAGAGCUCAAAGCGUCGACACCGAUGAAGGCACCACGUGCUCGAGAUUCCGAGGAUGAGGCUCAAGCUAUGGAAGUUGACGAUCUACGGGAACCAGCCUCGAGCACGACAUUCGCUACGCCAAGUCUAAGCCGGUAUGCGCCCGUCCUCGAUACUACCCAGGGUAUCCCAGAUGAAGCGGCGAUAGCUGCUGCUAAAGCGAAACGGAAGACGGCGACCGGUACGGGCGUAUCUUCCUCAAGCGGACUCGGAGGAGAGGAUUAUAUCAGUAUCAACCAGGACAAUGGCAAAUUGGCAGUAUACGACGCGGAUGCAAGGGGGGAUGUAGGGCCUCAUCCUGAGAGUAGGUUGCAAAGGGAGGAAGACGAAGAAGGCGAUGGAGAUGAAGGAUUUGCCGAUUUCACCGAGACGAAUACCCGACUCGCCAUCGGCAAGGACGCCAACAAAGCUGCCGCUCGACGGUUGCGGAGCGAUAUGGUGGACGCAAUUGAAGAACGAGAAAAUGAAGAUCUGGACGACGAGGAUGAGCUGGCUUGGGAAAUGGCUCAGGCUAACCGAGCAAACCCCACCAUUGACGCCGGACCAUCUCAGCCAGGCAAAACCUCACGACCGUACAAAGCUGCUCCGAUACCCGCUUCAAAAUCACUGCCUACGGUCACUUCCGCUUCAGCUCGACUACAAUCCUCUUGCGCCUUCUUGAGAGCAUCGAGGGCUACUCGACAGAACCAGAUCGAGGCUGCGGAUCGGGACCUCGUCGCAUGUGAUACUCAGGAAACGGAGCUGCGAGCUGAAGUGACGAUGGUCGAGGCGAAGAAGGAGUGGAUGGAAGAAUUUCGCGGCUGGGUUGAAAUGCUGGGAGGCUUUUUGGAGGAAAAGAUGCCGGUACUGCAGAAGAUCGAAAAGGAUAUGAUGCUGCAUUACAAAGAGCGUCACGAUAUCUACACCAAGCGGAGGUUACAGGACGAUGCAGAUGAUCUGGCAUUGUGCGUCGGGAUUGUGGCACCUGCCGAAGCGGCCGAGGAAGAGGAGGUAGACGAGCUGGGCAGGACUCGCCGUAAAGUCGAUGAAUCGGGAGCAUAUUCUGGUGUUCGACGGGCGCGGAGAGAAGAGCGUGUUGCUCGACGACAGCGCAGGAACGUACGGAAGCCUACUCCCCGUACGGACGAGGAUGGAUACUCUACCGAUAGUUCUUUAGGUGAAGGGGACGCAGAAGACUAUCAAAUGGCACAAGAAGCUCUGCAAGCUCGUGUGCAGGCCUUGUCUAGCGAUGUCAAGGCGGAGGAUUUCCGUGAUCCCGAACUGGGUCUUGCGGUACGCUUCGGCGGCUGGCGCAAGCAAUACGAAGACGAGUACAGCAACGCGUAUGGUGGUUUAGCCAUGGUGCAAGGUUGGGAGUACUGGGCGAGACAAGAAAUGGUCGGAUGGGAACCAAGCAGAUCAUCCAAAUCGCUAGACUCGUUCCAUUGGUUUGAUUGCUUGCACCGUUAUUCCCGUCCCAAGACGGAAGAUGCGCACGCAGAGGAUUCGGAUGACAUGGAUCUGGACGAAGAGCCACCCCUUUCUGCAGAGGGGGAUCUUGCUGCAGCCAUGAUCUCGUCAUCGGUGACCAACAUCGUGCUUAAAGCGAUCGAGCAUGGCGUCUACGAUGUGUGUUCGACCAAGCAGACCAGAAAUCUCGCCGAUCUCCUGGACGUGAUAGGCGAAUAUAUCGGGAAAGAAGGCUCAAAAUACCGUGGCUUACUUAAAGCUAUACUCACAGUCUUUUCGACAAAUAUCCUCGCCAAUAUCGAACUUGUGGGUUCCUUGACUUCGCCUCACGCACGUCCUCCACCAGCAUUCGACCCGGCAUCACGGACGUCUUUGAGGACAUUUACCAAUCGGCAACGCAAAAUGAUCAAGAACCUCUUGCUCUGGCGACGAUACGUUCCCGAUGAAGUAUCCGCAUUGGUCAACAGGAUGAUUCUAGACGUACUCCGACCUGUAUUAUCACGAUGCUGGGAUAGUGGUGGUCAAGAGAUCACAGCCGAGCUUGCGAGCGGGAUCCCACCCGGCUUACUGAACCCGACGGCAUCAGCAUUCGCCAGUGGGUCUCAAGCGUUCUAGAGGAUACCGAGUUCGGCAUUCCACUUCUGCCGUGACCGUCGACGUGAAGAGUUGGUACUUUUGUGGUAUCGACGCAAUUCAUGGCAAAGACCAGGCACACCAGCGUAUCAGGGGAAACCCUCAACAAGCUUCUAACUGUGUCUGGUAGACGGUCUAGCAAGGCGAAAUCGUUCUUGAAGCAUACUCUUGACCCACCCUCCCAGUGCAAGGGUAUUCCCUGUGCACUUGCUAUGGAGAUGUUGCGGUUCGUUCGCUGUCAGACAUGAAGUCACCGCUGUACAUAUUUCGUUUCGAGCCAGCCUGGCCGAAAUUGUAGCUCAAGUGGAACCAACGGCCAUUCACACCGAUUGACAAUAAUAUGGA